AUGGCUAUCAGUUCCUUUACCAAAGCAAAAAUUUUCUGCCGACUCUCGUCGACCCAAUUCAUUUCAACAGUUCCCCCCAAAAUUUCCCAGUUCAGGAACAAGAUUUUCCUUGCAAAUCUCCUUCGAAGGUACGGUUUUUCACCUUCUCAACUCCACACUUUUCUUGCAAGAAACCAUUUUUUACUCAACCACUCUAAUGUUCACGAAAUCCAGAGCUCUCUAAACAUUCUUUUGUCUUUUAAAAUUCCCCAGACUUGCUUUAUUUCUUUGUUAUUCGACUGUCCAGCUGUUCUGGAUUUUAACUUUUUGAAGAAAUGGCAAAUCGGGGUUUCUGAAUUCGGGGACUCGGGUGUUUCUCCAGUGGCGAUCUGCAGUGCUUUGGCACUUUCUAAGCGGUUUCAGAUAGACUCAGAUUUGUUUUUGGACCGUGUUGGCGGUUUGAAAGAUUUGGGGUUCAAUGGCGGGGUUUUGACUAGGGUUUUAGAAAGGUUUCCUAGGAUAAUCAUGAUGAAUGGAGAUGAAAUCUGUGAAAAGAUUGGUUUAUUGGAAGGAACUGGGAUUUCAAGAUAUGGGAUUGAAAGGGUUUUUCAUUAUUUUCCUGAAUUUUUAGGAUUUGAUGUUGAAAAUAGGUUGAAGCCAUUGCUUGAUGAGUUUUUGGAAUUGGGUUUUAGUGAAGAUGAAAUUAGGGAUGAGAUUAUAAGGGAUCCAAGAGUUUUGGGCAUGGAAUUAGGGGAAAUGUCGAGGUGUUUAGGGUUGUUGAAAACUUUGAAAUGCCGAGUUCCUAUUAAACUCAAGAUUUUUAGUGAAGGAGAGUUCAGAGCUGGGUUUGGGGUGAAGCUUAGAGUCGAUUGCUUGUGCAAACAGGGGUUGAUUCGUAGAGAAGCAUUUAAGAUCCUAUGGAAGGAGCCAAGAUUGGUUUUAUAUGAAAUAGAAGAGAUUGAGAGGAAAAUCGAGUUCUUGGUGCAUAGGAUGAAGUAUGGAGUUGGUAGCUUAGUCGAAGUUCCAGAAUAUUUGGGUGCCAAUUUUGAAAAACAGAUCGUUCCUAGAUACAAUGUUGUCGAGUAUCUGAGAUCAAAAGGUGCUCUGGAAUUCGAUGUGGGGUUGAAGAGUUUGAUAAAGCCAAGUAGGCUUAGAUUCUAUAAUAUGUAUGUCAAACCAUAUCCGGAAUGCGAGAAGAUGUUUGGGAGGUUCGCUGAAGGCACUGGUCUUCAACAGCGGCAUCCAGUCGGGAUGUGGAAGCUUUUUAAACCACAAAAGCUUUCGGAAACAAAAGAAGAUGUGAACAACAUGAAAUCUUUUAUGGAACCACUAGUUUAGCUCACAAAGCCAAUUAUCCACAAUUUGUUUGUGAUCCAACCGGUUCCAGGACUUCUCACCUGUAUUGCCCUAUAGAUUAGAUUUUCGUCUUCACUCCCUGCACGCGCUUCCAUCAAAAUAAUGGUCUUCUAAGCUGCGCUCGGCCCCUUAUAACUCAAUCAGUAUAUGUGCUGCAAAACAGACUCCCAUUUGCAUUAAACCUCAAUCAGGACUAACUGAAAAAGUGAGUCGCGUGUGGUGUCGGAUGGAAUAUAUUUCUAUAUCAGUAACCUGCAAUGUCUCUUCUUCAUUCCUCUUUAAUGUGGAUCCAUUUAUUGCUAUGCUUAUUUCCAUAUAUAGGAUUGUGUGUAUGUCUCUUCUGAUGUAGCAAAUUCCGGGAAUCCAGUUGAAUGCAAGGAAUUUGGAAAAUAAUGGCAAGAAAAGACGAGGUUGAAAACAACGACAAAGACGAAUAUCAUCGCAGCAAUAACACAAGCAACAUAUGCUGUCUCAAUCACUAGAACAACCAUAAUAUGAGUUUUUAGGCAGGAGAUGACUGGUUUCAUGACAUCAUCAAAAUUAUAUGAUCUUACUAUUUCUGCUCUCAGAUCCUUUCUUCUGAUUAUUAUUGUUAUCGACUCUCUCGCCGGAAUUACAGGACGAGGAGAAGGACAAGAAAAUCCAGGAGUUAAUGGCGGAAUUGCGGAUUAAGAAGCGGUUAAGUGCAUCCUAUCGCGAGCAGCUAGUAGCAUCUGUGAAAGAGGUUGAAGAUCACAACUAUGACAUGUCAAUGAAAGUUCAAAGAACUUUGGACAAUUUGAAAAAGCUUGAUGCUGGGGCAAAGGAGCUUUUAAG